UUAUGACUCACUAUUGUAUUAAUGAAAUACAUAUAUAUUCUGGAUUAUACAUUUAACGCAUAUUUGGACACUAUUGAUCGCUUUUCAGCCCUGUUGCGAGCAGUGUGACCGCUUGCAGCAGGCAGUUGGCUAUACAUGUGAAUUAACCGACAACUACGCCAAGUACACAUAGUUUGGUAUUUUGCUGAUGCUAAGAGGUGGUCUUACGUGUGCGACUUUCAUAUGAGUAUGUGCGACGAGGAAGCAUUUUUCCAAAAAUUAAAAAGCUAUUAAAUAGUGCAAAAUAAUUGAUAAAUUUAAGUGCAACGUAUAAAUAAAUAAAUACUAAUUACGCAUGCAUAUAAAUAUCAGCGAAUAAGGCAAAUUUAAGCAGCGAAUAAGAGUGACGCAAAAACCACAUACACACAUACAGGCAGCCUCAUUUUUUUUUUAGAAAGUACGUGAAGAAAAACAAGUUGAUUGUGUGCGUACGUAUGUCGAGUGGAGAGUAGUGGAGACUUUUUGUUUCUGUUUAGCGACACAAUUUAUUGUGGAUGGCUUACAACACAAACAAAAACAACACAACAACAAAAGCAGAUAAUGUUGAUUGCAACACAACAUCAACUAGAAGAAAUGCAUACAACAGAAACCAUCAAGUACAACAAUUACAUUGGAAAUUGAAAUUUGUGCGACAAAAGCAGCAACAGCAGCUACUAACAACGAUUUUCGACGACUGGCAGCCAUAUUCACAGCUACAACAACAGCAAAAUCAGAAAAAACGCGAUCCACGGUAUUGCAAAGAUACGUGACAAAAAUCGAGAAAAGGAAGACGAAGACUGGGCAUGAAAUUAGCGUGAAAAAAAAUAACCAAGAAAACAAAUUUUAAAAAAGCAAAUACUACUGUAAAAAAACCAACAAACAAACAAAAAUUUAUAAACUGUACUGCAUACAACUAAACGUAAUUAAUAACACAAUAAUAUACGAAAUAUUAUGGAAAUUGCCCCAAUAUUUAAUACCGCCGUCGUCGCAACAGCCGCCGCUGCCACCGCAACCACGUCGACGUCACAGCACAAGCAGCGACAGAGGCGCUCCGCUGCCGCCGCACUCUUGACAGCAACAGCAACAACAACAACAGGCGAAUCAUUUAAUGCCGAAAGCAGCGCCAAUCAAAAUGAUAACGUCAACAACUUGGCGUUGAUCGCAUCGCUGACGCUGCAAAAGGUGCUCAAUAUAAACAAUAUUAACAACAACAACAACAAUAGCAAUGUCCCUGGUAGCGAUGGUGUGUUGUGUUAUCAGCAAAUGUCAGCAGUCACAAAAGCAACGGCAGCAAUUAAACAACAACAACAACAACGACGACACUCUGAUAACGAAGCCGAGAAUGAUGUAUUAAAUCAAUUGCUAAAAACGGGCGCGGUGUUUACAACAACAACAGCAGCAGCAGCAGCAGCAACAACUGUUGCUGUCGCCGCCGCCGCCGCUGCCUCCUCCGCGUCCUCCUCCUCUACGACUAUCAGUGCGCCCAUUGCGAUUGAGAGGACGACACAGCAAAAGCAACAACAGAAUGGGAAUAGUGCACAAAAGCAACGCCUUAAUUCAUCCAUAUCAUCGACUAACUCAAGCACAUCAACCAACUCCUCAACGGCCAAUAGCUAUGGCAGCUCCUGUUCCUCCACGGAGGAUCCCACGGCAACGACAACGGGCAAAGCGGCGGCAAUAACAACAACAUUAAAGUCGUCCAGCAUUAGAUUGCCAGAGAAAUCGAAAAUUCCGUCCGAUAUACUCGACGAUCUGGCCAGUCGGUUCAUCAUAAAUGUGCCAGAUAUGGAGCUAAAUAAUUUAAUAAGAAUUUGCUUUCAAAUUGAGCUGGCACAUUGGUUCUACUUGGACUUUUUCUGUGCGCCCGAGGAUUCGGACCAACAGCAGCAGCAACAGAAACGAAAGCUGCCCGUGGUGGGCAUCAAACAGUUCGCCAUGCAAAUCUUUCAGCACAUUCCCUUUCUGAACAAGCAUUUUGGCACUGUGGAUCAGAUAUUGGAGGAAUGGAAAAACUAUAAACUAUCCGUGCCGACAUAUGGCGCUAUACUUGUAUCGGAGGAUCUCAAUCACUGUUUGCUGGUGCAAUCAUAUUUUGCUCGAAACUCUUGGGGUUUUCCCAAGGGAAAAAUAAAUGAGAACGAAGAUCCCGCACACUGUGCCACCAGGGAGGUCUAUGAGGAGACGGGCUUUGACAUAACGGACAUCAUAGAUGCAGAUGAUUAUAUUGAGGCUUAUAUUAAUUAUCAAUAUACACGAUUGUAUAUAGUGCGCAAUAUACCGUUGGAUACGCUGUUUGCACCGCGCACGCGUAAUGAGAUUAAGUGUUGUGACUGGUUCCGCAUUGAUGCAUUGCCGGUCAAUAAAAACGAUGCCAUAUCGAAAGCCAAACUAGGCAAAAACUCAAAUUCCUUCUUUAUGAUCAUACCGUUUGUGAAGCGCCUUAAGAAGUGGGUGAAUGAUCGACGCGCCGGCAUAGAACCAUCAACGCGUCGGCGAAAAUGCUCUGGACAGCAGAGUCCCAAGGCCAUCCAAAAUGGUGGAACAUCCGCAUCGCCCACAAUGUUGACGAGCAACAGUAACAACAUCAACAACAACAGUAGCUGCAAGAAGGAUCAGCAACGUGGCUCGUCGCGGCGACAGCGGCACAAAUCGAUGGGCGAUUUGGAUGGCGUUAAACUAAAUAAUCUCAAUGGCAAGGCGGGAGGCGGAGGAGGAGGAGGUGGUAACGGCGGUGGUCUUACUGCCAGCAACAUAUGCAAUAGUAAUAUCAAGCGCAAUAGCAAUAACAAUAGCAAUAGCAACAACAACAACAUCAACAAUAACAAUAACAAGCAACUAAAUGUGGCUGCGGGCAGCAAUACACCAACAACAGCAACAACAACGCCAGUGACAACAGCAGCUGCAGCAGUAGCAGCAACAACAUCAACAACACCAGCAACCGCUGCAACGGCAACAAGCAAACGCCAAUUGUUUCAUAGCCAAAGCCAAAACGAUGCCCAACAGCCGGCAAGCAAUGAGAAGGUAAGCAAUGCUAAGAUUGCAGCAAAUGCGCUCAAAGCUAAACCGAAGCAAUUGCAGAUUGUCAGCUCCUUUGAUUUGAUACGCAAGGAAAAGCAGCAGCAACUGAAGGCGGCCAAGGCUCAAAAGCAACAGCAACAACAGCAGCAGCAAUGUUCGCGCACCAAAUCGCAAAGUGAUAAGCAAAGCAAUCAACAGCAGCCGCUGGUAGUCAAAAGCAUUUUGAACAGAAACAACACACAACAACAACAGCAGCAGCAGCAACAAACAACACCCACAACAGGCAUGGAUUUGAUUGCCAUGCUGACAGCAGCAGCCGCAGCGCAAAACACACCAAAACCGGAGCAACAGCAACAGCCACAACGUCCACGUCCUGCUUCGGUGUCGCUCAAUUCGCCAAUAGCAACAGUUGCUGACGCAGCCAACAACAGCAGCACAAUGCCAGAUGCUCAAACAUUGCACAAGCUGCAACGCAUGGCAUCCGGCACUAAUUUGCGAAUUUUAAAGCGUGCGCAAUCGCAGCAACCGCAGCUGCAACUACAACUGCAGCAGCAACAGCAGCAGCAACAACAGCAGCAGCAGCUGCAACUGCAGCAGCAACAAGGGCCUUUAAACUUUACGCCCAGUUUUAAUUCGUGGACGAAUUUCUCAUUCACCAAAAAUUUUAUAGCAAAUGUUUUUUGCUAAGUCAAUUUCUAUGACUUUUCCUUCUUAAAUUUUCAAACAUUUUGCAUUUUCCAAGUUACAAGGCCAGUUUGUAGGCAGCAUACAUAAAAACAAUAAUCGUUACACGGAUAAAGUUUUAGGUGUUUCCCAUGGAUCUCUCAAUAAAAGUCUUCUAGACUUUUGGAAAGAUGCAUUUUUCAGCAGCAGCAACAUUUUUCAACAUUCAUAUGUAUAUAGCAAGCAAGGACUGUAUAAAAUUUUGUAAUUAACAUACACAUACACAUUUUCAUACCAAAAAUCGAAAAACCAAGGAGAAAGUAAAACGUGAGUCUUCCGCUCCAGCACACGUCAUUUUGUAAAAAAUUUUCAGGCAAAAUUUUUAUAUACACAUGAAAAAAAAAACGAAGCAAAGCAUGGUAAAGAAAAGCUAGUUAUGAAAAGUUGUGCAAUUAGAACGCAGCCAACACUUUUUAAGUACAAUACGAUAUGAAUAAUUAUGUUAAUAUAUUGGUUUUUAUUUUUUUAUAAGCGAUAAAGUGAGCGAAGAGAACAUCCUUCUAAUUAGAGUUCCAGCCAAGCCGUGUGCGUGUAUUUUUUAGAGUAAAGUGAAAAGAAUUAAGAGAGAAUGAUAAACACAUGAAGAGAGAGAGAAAGAGAGUAGAAAACAAAAAAGAGGAUAGGUAAGAGAAGAAAGCGUAGCUUUAAAUGCCCAACGCUCUGUUUUAGGCUUUGUUUUCUAUACUUUUCUUAAGUAUAUAUUCGUUCUUUGCACCUAAGCGCAAUGAACCCUUUUAUACAAUAACAACAACAUAAACAACCAGAACAAGAACAAGAAACGUGGCAAAGAGGCAAACAACUAAAAUGCAACAAUUUGCAUGACUUUUUGGGUCGUUUUAACUACCCCGCCCCCAACACCACCACCUAUAAGAUACAAUGCGUUGAGCAUAAAUACUUAUAAUAACGAGUGUAAAUAUUUAAUUGUGAUAUAGUAUUUCUUAGCACAAUUGUGAUCUUAACAAAACGGCUAGCUACUACGACUACUACAACUAAUAUUACAUAAAUACAAGUACAUACGCAUACACCUACGUACAAACGUACCGAACAAGUUUUUUAUAAGAAAUUUUAAUAUAAUUCAAAUGAUGAUGCUACAAUCGAAAAACUUUCCAUUGCCCCGACAUACACAUACACAUACACAAAGAACAUACAUACAAACACACACACAUACACACACUCAUACACCUAAAACUAUAAUUAGCGAGGCAGCCAGCAGGGGAUAGAAACCCUACAAUUAACUGGGGGCAAUAUCAGGUAGGCAUAUCCAAAAAACAAAAAAAAAAAUUAUAAGAUACAACAAAUUUCGAGAACUUGUGACAACUCUGAUAAAUUUAACGAAUUUAACAAAUUAGUUUAAAAUAUUUGAAGCUGAAAAUUAUCUUUAAAAUUGUUUAAGCAAUGCUGCCCAUAAACUGGCCUUAAAACUGAUCUUUAAAAACUUCUACGUUUUUCAUCUAAUUUUAUGAUUGACUUUUAAAGCUUUUUGAAAAGCCAUAUUAAUUUUGUAUUUUGUAACACCAAUCUUUAGUUUCUUUCAAUCUUUCGAAAUUUAAUUACUUUUUUUUGAUUUCUUUUUCUUUAAUUUCAACAAAUGAACUGCAACUUAACGUAGCUGUUCGAAGCGCUUAGCAAAUAUGCAAUGAAAUUGGCAAUAACUACCUUAUUUUGUUUUUCAUAUCAAAUGUUCUUUUGUCAACAUUCUUACAAUUUCAUUGUGCAUUUGUUUUGCGCCAACAAAGAAACGAAACAAGAACAAGAAAAAAUCUUUUCCAAAUCAACAACCACAACAAAUUGCAAUGAAUUAUCAACUAAUAAACAAUAGCAUCAGCAACAUUCUUCAAUUGAAACCAAAUUUAUUCAAAAACAACGUAACAGCACUAUACAAUUGAAAUUGAAAGGAUUUAAAUCUUAAAUUGUAACAACAAUAAGUACAGUAAAAAAAUAAUAUUUUAUGUUCUGUAAUGUGCAACACGGAAAGCAAAAGCUUUUACAAAUACUACGAGUAUAUCUUCCUACAUUUACAUAUAGUUUAUGUUUCAACAAUCAAUAGACAUAACAAAUAGUUAACUUUAGUGAACGGGCUGCUGGAGAAACAGAUAAAACCCAUUUAAAACAAGAAACAUCCAAUCACAAACCGAAAACAUUUAAGUUUAUAUUUAAGAGAAACAAUCCGAAAAUACUUGGGCGAACGAUUACGAAACUCUUUAUAAUACUCGUAGUAUAUAUGUGUCUACAAAACAUCUAAAAUCAAAUAUAUUUGCCACACAACAACAAGCUCUACACUUGCCGUAGGACUAGACCCAAAAUCAUUUUUAAACGUACCGCCCAAGUAUUCAUCGAAAUGGUAAUUAAGAUACCUUUGCUAUGCAUUUGAUCAGUUUCUUUCAACUGUAAAACGUCCAAAAAAACAAAAAGUUAAUAUCAAAAAAUGGCAAUUUGUAGACUUUGAACUUGAACUUAAAACCGAACCAAACUAAGAAAAUUUAACGCCCAUUUCAUUCAAUCAAGAAUCAAGAAUAACAAUAUAAAUUACUCGUAUCAUAGACGAUUCCCCCCAAAAUAUUUUUUUUUUAUUUCUUUGUGCAACCAACGAUAGCAAUAUUUUCCAAAUUCUG